GAGUGUUUCCCAGCCUCCUGUGUGUGUGUGUGUGUGAACCGGAAUGGUUACGGUUUCACCUUGGGGUGCGUAUCGCCGUGGAGGGGGCAGCACACAUUUCAUUUUAGCUAGACAUUUUCACAUUCAAAUGAAAGAUAAAUGUCAGGGUAGCACCGCAGCGCGUCUGACUGCUCUUCAAACACAGAGGAAACAUGAAACAAGACGUCCGGAUACUUUUACUGGGGGAGCCCAAGGUGGGGAAGACAUCUCUCAUCAUGUCUUUGGUUGGUGAGGAGUUCCCAGAAGAGGUUCCCCCCAGAGCUGAAGAGAUCACCAUCCCUGCUGACGUGACUCCAGAGAAAGUGCCCACACACAUAGUGGACUACUCAGAAAAGGAGCAGAGUGACGAAGUCCUUAGAGAUGAGAUCAUCAAGGCUAAUGUGGUGUGUGUAGUGUAUGACGUCACCAACGAGGACACGAUAGACAAGAUCAGAACGAAAUGGAUACCCUUAGUUAACGGAGACGCAGAAAAAGGGAACAAAGUUCCCAUCAUCCUCGUGGGAAACAAGUCUGACCUGCGUUGCGGGAGCUCAAUGGAAACAAUUCUUCCCAUCAUGAACCAGUUCUCUGAGAUUGAAACAUGCGUCGAGUGUUCUGCGAAGAACCUGAAAAACAUUUCAGAGCUGUUCUACUAUGCACAGAAGGCAGUUCUUCACCCCACUGCGCCUCUUUAUGACCCAGAGGACAAACAGCUAAAACCAUUAUGUGUCCGAGCCCUUAGCAGAAUAUUCUACGUUUCCGAUCAGGACAACGACCGUAUCCUCAGUGAUGCUGAACUCAACUGCUUUCAGAAAUCUUGUUUUGGGAAUCCUCUGGCUCCUCAAGCUUUAGAAGACGUGAAGACAGUAGUAUGGAAAAACACCAGCGAUGGCGUUCAGGACAACGGCCUGACCUUAAAUGGUUUCUUGUUCCUUAAUACAUUAUUUAUCCAGAGGGGCAGACAUGAAACCACGUGGACUAUUCUCAGGAAGUUUGGUUAUGACGACAACCUUGAGCUCACGGAUGACUACCUUUACCCAGAACUACGAGUUCCCGUCGGCUGCACCACAGAACUGAAUCAGUCUGGUUACCAGUUCCUCCAGCGUCUGUUUGACAAGUACGAUGAAGACAAAGACUCGGCGCUGUCGCAGACAGAGCUAAAGAACCUGUUUUGCGUCUGUCCUUAUAUGCCAUGGGGUGCCGAGGUCUACAUGACUGUCCCAACCACGGACGAGGGCUACAUCUCCAAGCACGGCUACCUUUGUCAGUGGACGCUUUCUGCAUACCUUGACAUCCACCGUUGCCUGGAGCACCUAGGAUACCUAGGCUACACUAUCCUCACUGAGCAGGAGUCACAGACUGCCGCAAUAACAGUAACACGGGAGAAAGAGGUGGACCUGGAGAAGAGCCAGACACAGCGGUCAGUGUUUCUCUGCAAGGUGAUCGGCCCGCGGGGGACGGGCAAGACAGCCUUUCUCCAGGCCUUUUUGGGCCGCAACGUUUUGAAUAAGGGAAACUCCAGCAGUGCCUUCUCCCCCUAUGCCAUAAACACUGUCCAAGUCAGCAACCAGGAGAAGUAUCUUAUCCUCAACGAGGUGGACGUGGAGGUGGAGUUCCUGAAGGCAUCAGAUGCCUCCUGCGAUGUCGCUUGUCUCAUGUACGAUACCAGUGACCCACAUUCCUUCGAUUACUGUGCCAGUAUAUACAAGCAACACUACAUGGAGAGCAACAUCCCAUGUGUGCUGGUCGCUUCCAAGGUGGACCUUCCCGAGGUCAAGCAGUUCCACGGGAUGACUCCAGCAGAGUUCUGUUAUAAACACCGACUGCCUCCUCCGCUGCCCUUCUCCAGCUUGCUCCUCGAGUCCACCACCAAGAAGAUCUCCACCAGGCUCGCCUGGGCAGCAAUGUACCCACAUCUGAAUGGUUCAGACAUGAGCAACACAUCAUUCUGGCUGAGGGUGGCGCUGGGCUCAGCUGUGGUUGCAGUUCUGGGCUUUGCCAUCUACAGAGCUGUUGUCAGAGUGAAAUGAUCAACAACCAGCUGAGCUUUUUUUUUUUUCCCCCCCUUGCUUUCAAUCCAUCCAUAAAGACCAAACCUCCGAGACCGGAUUCAGAACCACCGCAGUCUGAACUAAAUAUCUCUGCCCUUUUCUCAGCGUCUGACCAGCCUCCGAGUCAGUUGAUUGCAAAAGUCCAAAGGCAAUUGGAAGCUAGCGAUCAUAUUAUUUCCCACGCUGCUGCGCCCAGCUUUUUUCUGCCUUAUAUUAUCCAACCAGGCUAAGUAGGAGUUAGCCUGUCAGCGCUCAGUGCAUCGAUACAUGAAGAGCUGUUCAUGUCCAAACAGGUGCUUUAUCAGAGGGGAGGAAACGCAGGAAGCUUUCCCCUCAAUUUGUUUCGUGUUAAUGGUGAGAUUGGAGAAUUUUUAUAUCCAUGCAGUGGUUCUUAAGCAUAAUAUAGAAAAAUGCCAAAUUGGCAGGACUGAAGAACCAAAGGGCAGCACAUGAAGCAUUUUUAACAGCAAACCUCCUCUAUGAACACUUCCUUUUGACCAUGUUGCCACAGACACAAGAUGUGCAUAACGGAUUUGCCAAAUAACUCCAGCAGCAACGAGUAGAUAAAGCAUGUUGUUUGCCCUGUAGGCAUAAUAUUUCUGCCUGAGAAUGAAAGAUUUUAAUGUUUUUUAGCAGUAAGGCCUGUGGCGGAGAGAUGUGCAUGAAGAAAAAUGGCGGUUUGGUUAUGUAACAGCAAGAACUCAUAAAAAUAUUUUCUCCUGUAAAAGGAGGCCAAACAAACCUUUAAAAAACGACAGCGUGAAAGAAAAACCUUGGCAAAUUCAUCUUCUGCUUUCCACUCUGUUCAUUUUGAAAUGGGAUUAAUUCAUUUUGAUCGAGACAGAAAUAGAUGGCUAAUCUGUGCUUUCUUUUUUUCUUCUUCUAUUUACAUACACCUGACACUGUGCAUACACUUUGACCUUGAUUCACAAUCUUCCAUUGUAAUGUUUUCCAACAUGAGUCAGUCAUGUUAAACGUUGCUUGAUUUAGCGGGGGACCUGCUGUUCUGCAGAUUACACUUGUGUGUGUGACUUUUAAAAUAUGGCUGUUUUCUUACUUGAAAGUGAACUGAUUUAGAUGCUUAAUAAAAGACCAGAUCAGACUGGGUGGGGACCUUCCCCCCAAAAGACCUCAUGGCUGUUGGGA